AUGUUACGUGAAGUAAACCGUUCCAUCGGGAAGCUCACGAGGUUGAAGCACUUGAAUCUUAAAGGGUGUACUGGCCUUCAAGUUUUGCCUGGAGAGGUAGGCUCUCUAGAAGCUGUAGAUGAGAUCUUCUUGAACGGCGGGCACCAUAAUUUCACCUCGUUGCCAGAAUCGAUUGGCAUAACCGAGUUACCGAAUUCCCUCGGAGACCUAAAGAAGCUUGAGAAACUUUUUCUGCUCAUCAAGUUACCAGACUCCAUCGGGAAUCUGGAGGAGUUGAAAGUGACGAAGAUGGACAGUUGCCGGGUUGAAAAGUUACCGAGAUCCAUUGGAACGAUGAAGAAGCUUAAAGAGUCAAAUGCUAAUUGCAGUGAACUGGAAGGAGAAACUCCAGCUGAAAUCGGGAUGUUGUCUUGCAUGAGAAUCUUGGAAUUAUAUAGUCAAAUAGGAACAACAACUGAGAGCAAACUGAGCCGACCAGAAUCUCUAGAUCCUAGAAGAAUGAUGAGGCAAGAGUGGGCAAUGAAGAGAAGAAUCGACCGGAUGAUGGAUCUGAGAAAAUUGGAGAUACUGGCACUUUGUAUUGACAAUGUCACCAGCCUACCAGCAGAGUUCAGCACCCUAUCUCAACUGAAAGACCUAGCAUUGCUUGGGCUAUACUUGAGAUGUGUCCCUCAAAUUUCCUCCUGUCUGUUACGUCUGAAAUUCGUUUCCUUGUAUGGGAUCAUCAAGCUACCACGAAUUUCAACCUUGAAGCAAUUGAGAGAGUUUGUGUUCUCUCAGUGUUCACUACAAGAAGAUGGAUUUGAAAGUCUUGGAGUUGGAGAAAUCGAGAAACUGGAGCAUCUCGAAGCAGUCAAUGACUUGACCAAGCUCCACGGGCUUAGCCUGCCAAUGAGUUUGAAGGUGUUGUAUGUGACUGGUUGCAAGAAUGUCAAGAAAUUGCCGGAUCUUUCACACUUGAAGAAACUAAGAGUGCUGUGCAUUAAAGACUGCAAGGAGCUCACGGAGAUUCCCGACCUUGCAGAGCUAGAACCAUCUCCAAAAGUAUCAAUCAGCUCGUGUGACUCGUUGAGGAUCAUGCCAAGAACCAGUAAUGGGAUUGAAGAUUAA